CAUCACCGGAGGAGCGCAGCGUGUGCGUCUUCCCUGUCUACAUAUUUCUCGAAGCUGCCGAGUGACUGGAGUCUAAAGGAUUGUGGAGCUUCAGGAGCCAUCACUUCGUCCACACGGGAAGAACUUCUGCAAACAAGCGUGUUUCCUACCCUUCAGCCUUACAUCGUAGUGUGGACUGGACACCAUGGCGGUGUGCCUUACUCAAGUAUUUAAUAAAGACAGAACGUUCCGUCCAAGGAAGAGGUUUGAGCCUGGAACCCAACGCUUUGAGCUUUACAAAAAGGCUCAGGCCUCCCUGAAAUCCGGUCUAGAUCUGAAGACUGUGGUGCAGCUUCCCCCAGGGGAGAACAUCAAUGACUGGAUCGCUGUGCAUGUCGUCGACUUCUUUAACAGAAUUAAUCUAAUUUAUGGGACAAUGUCUGAGUUCUGCACAGGAAGGAGUUGUCCCAUCAUGUCUGGUGGCCUUCGGUAUGAAUACAGGUGGCAGGAUGAGCUGAAGUACAAGAAGCCCACAAAGGUGUCCGCUCCACUCUACAUGAACCUACUAAUGGAUUGGAUAGAAACACUAAUAAACAAUGAAGACAUAUUCCCAACAAGAACAGGAAUACCUUUCCCAAAAAAUUUCCAGCAAGUCUGCACCAAGAUACUGACACGGUUAUUUCGGGUCUUUGUCCAUACCUACAUCCAUCAUUUUGAUAUGAUCAUCAGUGUGGGAGCAGAGGCGCAUGUCAACACCUGCUACAAGCACUUCUACUACUUCAUUAUAGAGUUCAGCCUGGUGGAUCAUCGAGAGCUUCAACCAUUG